UCUAGGCCGGCAUCAGCAUAACGUGGCAAGCACGGCGAUAUGUCCAAUAUCGUUAUUCUUUCCUUCCAGCCGAAGCACUUGGCUUAUAUCCCACAGCUAUCUCACAGACUUGUUCAUACCAUAUCAAUUUUCAGAGCAGCUCACCCAACAUGGACGGUCCUGACCAGAGAAAUCCGUGUGCCAUCUGCCUCAGUGGCAUGGGCGCCGGCGCUGGGCAGGCCAUCUUCCAGGCCGAGUGCUCCCACACGUUCCACUUCCACUGCAUCUCCACGAGCGUCGCGCACGGCCACCUCGUCUGCCCGCUCUGCAACGCGCAGUGGAACGAGUUGCCGUUCCUGCGACCAACACAGCCGUCGUCGAUGCCACCUACGCUACUGCGGCAGGAGCCCAUUCACGGCGUGCAGCCACCGUUCCAGCCCGCGGAGCCAGAAGUGUUCGACGACGACGAGCAGGUGGAGCCGCCCUCUGGCCAGGACGGCCAGCGUCAAGCAGCUGCUGCAUCCAGUGGAGCGUUGGUCGUCGAGACACACACCGAGUACUCGGCUAUCGCAAGGGACUCGUCUCACGACAACUUCGCCGUCCUCGUGCACGUCAAAGCUCCCGGGAUGAUCGACGGCGAAGUGGCCGCCAGCGACGCACCACGCGCACCUCUCGACCUCGUGACGGUGCUCGAUGUCAGCGGCAGCAUGAGCGGGGAAAAGCUUGCGCUUCUGAAACAGGCCAUGGGGUUCGUCAUCGACAACCUCGGCCCCGGCGACCGCCUCAGCGUCGUGUCCUUCUCGACCGGGGCACGCCGCGUCACCAGGCUCCUGCGCAUGUCGGACACCGGCAAGGGUCUCGCCAUGAGCGCCGUGGAGUCCCUCGUGGCGCGCGGCGGCACCAACAUCGCCGAGGGGCUCCGGAAGGCAGCCAAGGUGCUCGACGAGCGCCGGUACAGGAACGCCGUCUCCAGCGUCAUACUUCUCUCCGACGGCCAGGACAACUACACCAUGACGCGGCGCGGGGAAGGCAGCGCACCCAGCUACGAGGUGCUCGUGCCGCCGUCCUUCAUGCCUACUGGUACUGGCAAUUGGACUCCGCCGAUCCACACGUUUGGCUUCGGCAACGACCACGACGCGGCCGCGAUGCACGUCAUUGCUGAGACGACCGCCGGGACGUUCUCGUUUAUCGAGAACGAGGCGGUCAUCCAGGACGCGUUCGCGCAGUGCAUCGGCGGGCUGCUCACUGUCGUGGUGCAGGAGGCGCGCAUUGCCAUCGCUUGCCGGCAUCCUGGAGUUCGCAUCAGUUCGGUCAAAUCCGGCCGUUACGAAAGCCGCAUCGACGAGGAUGGCCGCUCUGCUUCGGUCCGCGUCGGCGAGCUCUACGCGGACGAGGAGCGGCGCUUCUUGCUGUUCUUGGUUGUUCCAAGAGCGGAAGCAACGGACGGCGAGACCGAGACUACUCUGAUCAAAGUGAGUUGCAGUUACCGAGACGUGGCGGGUGGCGCGAACGUCAACGUGACGGCCGAGGAUACGGUGGCGAUGAGACCGGAACACGUGGUGGACGCGGAACUCUCAGUGGAGGUGGAGCGGGAACGCGUCCGGGUGGAGGCGACCGAGGACAUCGCGGCGGCGAGGGCGGCGGCGGAGCGUGGCGCGCACCAGGAGGCGGUGGAGAUACUCGAGAACAGGCAGCGAGCGGUGGCGCAGUCGGGGGCGGCACGGCGCGGCGACGCGACGAGUCUGGCGCUGGGGACCGAGCUGCAGGAGAUGCGCAGGCGCGUGUCGAAUCGGGUGAGCUACGCGCGGUCGGGGCGUGCGUACAUGCUCGCCGGCAUCAGCAUGCACACGCAACAACGUUCGAACUCGAGGCAGCUGCAGCCGCUGUCCGCAGCGGUUACUCCUGGCGCCGGUGUAGCGUCCAUGAACUCGAUGGCGUUUAUCAAUGGACCGGCAGGCGGGGCAAGGGUGUUGGACGCGGUAGCGCCGGAAGGGAUGUCGAACGAGGCGGCGCAAACGUCGUCGUACGAGACGCCGGCAAUGCGCGCCAUGCUGCUGCGAUCGCGGAGGGCGCGGGAGGCGUCGGCCGAGCAGCAGCAGCCCAAGGCGGGAGAAGAACCUGGAAGCUCUGGACCGAAUGAAGUAGUAAUGCAGUAGACGUAUUGCCGUGUGCGAGUUAUUAUACAGAGGGAGCUUGGACUUGGAGUCUGUUUGUGUUCUGAAGAAAUAAUUGGGAACAUGAGUGCUGUUUCAGAGUUCUACAUUUUGUUCUGAAUCAAAGGGGAUACACUAGCUUAUACCUUUUUAUUCACGAACGCGUUUGCAUCGCGCCAUAUAAAUUCAUAUUUUCGU